AUGGAUGAAGUCAGUGUAUCGGUGUCAUUGACAACGUCUAUUCCAAGCUAUUCUUUCGAUCGCGAGGAAAUUAAUCUUGAAUCUCAUCAAGUAGUCUGGUGUGACAUUCAAGACAAAAGCCUAGCCGAAGAAGAGACGACCGAGAUCGGCAGCAGACUGAGAAAGAUUGUCGACUACACCCGAUUCUUCAAUGAUGUGAACGAAUGUGAAGACUAUUUAGAGGAAACGAGCAAGACGAAUACUUUUCUGAUCUGCUCUGGAGAGGUGGGUAAAGCAUUGAUGACGCGUUGUGAUCAAUGUAUAUCAUCUGUCGAAAUGAUGAAGAGCAUGGUUGAAUACCUUCAACGAUCGAUGCAUGAAUUUCUUUCACAGACUAGGAUAAAAUACGGAUAUUUACAAGAUUUAUUGAAAUAUCUCGAAAAGGACGUCGAAAUUUAUUUAGCUCAAGAAAAAUAUCCUAUUUUCAGUGGAUUGACAAAACAAGAUAUUACAGCGCAGGUAGGACAACCACAGCCUUGGGGACUGUUUGCUGAAAGCCUCUGCUAUUUGACGUAUCCUGAUAACUGUCGUCAACGAUUAGUUGUUGCUCUUCAAGACUAUUAUCGGAACAGAAGUGAGACACUUGCCAUUCUCAAAGAAUUCGAAGAAAACUAUACUCCAAGUCAAGCAAUUCACUGGUAUACACGGGAUACAGUCCUCUGCCGUCUUUUGAAUCAAGCAUUACGUCAGCAGAACAGUGAAUUAUUGCUUCUUUUUGCUUUCUAUCUUCGAGAUCUAAGCAUUGCUACAAUACGACCAUUCUCUGAAGAUUUGAACUGUGUGAUAAACAUAGGAGACAUUCACGAAAACCUUGGUGCGUUUUAUUACGAAGACUUGCAAGAUCGUUAUCUUGCCAUUAAACAUUACAAUCUAAGUAUUAACUAUUGCAAAAUUGCGUUGAAAUCCAGAGCGUAUGACGAAUGCGAAGAAGAGUAUCUACUCAGAAUGAUCAGUCGAAAUUACGAGCAGAAAAUGGAGAUCCUCAGUGACAACGUCGAACAACGCAAGAAGUAUGGUUUGGAAGCGAUCAAAUUUGGGAAGCUUGAGUGGAAAAUGAUGAUGAAGAAGCUUGAUAGUUGUGAAGUUUCUCGAGCGGCUGAGUGCAUUCACAGGAUAGGAAGUAUUGAAGAAGGCAUCUCUCUCUAUGAUCAAGCAUUAGUCAGUUACAAGACAACAUUGGAAAUCUACGAUGAAUAUGAAGGUUUAUCUAUGACAGUCGAAGCAACGCUUUGCGGCUGUAUCGCUCUAAUCUAUCUCGAGCAUAUAGAAAAUUGUGAUGCAGCACUAAAAUACAAGUUAAUCCAGCACGAAAAGCAGCUGAAUAUUUACAAGACUGCUGCCGAUACCAAUGAAGGAGCUAGUGCCUUUGCAAAAGGAAUAUUGGCUAUUAGUCACGAAGAAUUGGCUGAUGUGUAUAUUAAGCUUCGUCAAUAUGAACAAGCCUGUACUCAUUUAAUAACGGCCAAGACACUUUACGUGGAAAGUAAUUCUCGAAAGAAGAACAAACAAAUUCAAGCUGUUGAGAAGAAACUGAAGUCUAUCGAUGCACUUUGA